GGCAUUGGCAUGAUGGACAUUUUUUAUUGAAUGGACUAGUAAUAGAAAACUGCGUCCAAAACUCCAAAUGACCUAAACGGAGGCCCGUGGUCGGCAGUGCACCUUGACUCCUUUGAUUCUAGGUUAGGAUCAACCAAAUUGUAAGUUUGAUUUGGUAUGCAGCAGUUCAAUUGACUUAUUGCUUCCGCGGAAGGGAAGAAGAAAGGGCAAGAACAAAAUCGUCCUAGUUAUAUAGGGUUGUGGAGUGUCGGAUCACUGACAGAACACAGCCACGGCGACGUCGCGGAGGAAAUGUGGUGGCACGGUGGAGGAAAUGGAGGCGUAAUUAGAACAUUCGUCAGAUAUAUGUCGAACUCAAGAAAGCGGGCACCCAAUCUGAGGAAGAUCAAUCCGAAAGUAUCCCAGCAAGAGGCUGCCUCCAUUGCUGAAGAUCUGUACAAUGUCAUAAAACAACACGGCCCGCUCAGUGUUUCCAACACUUGGAACCACGCCAAGGAUGCUAAUAUCAGUGGAUUAAACAGCAAAACACACAUGAAGAUAAUGCUUAAAUGGAUGAUGGGUAGACACAUGCUGAAAUUAUUCUGUAAUCACGUUGGCUCCAACAAGAAAUUUCUGCUUUCGUCUUUGCCUGAGGAGCCUGGAGCCACUCCAGUAAAUGAUGCUGGUGGGGAGCUGAAGGUUAAGGUGCAGCCUUCAAACAGAAGCAGAAAGCGUACCCGGUAGUUGAAGCUCAUGUUGCAUGCAGUAAAGGAACAUCAGAACAACCUGAAUAAUAGUAGCACUUUUGAAUGCAGCAGGCAUACGAGCUCCACUGGUCUUGGAUUUUUUAAUGAAUUGUUAUGUGUUGAAACAUUUAGUAUGUCCUUAUUGUUCUUAGAUGCUCUCUAAUUGCUCAUUUCAUUGUUUAAUGCAAUCAGAUCACAAAUCCAGAACAUUCAUGCCAUCGACUGGAUUCAGCACUGGGAAUAUGGAUGGACCCUAUCUAUUUAUGGACCAGCUGAUUCUGGUCCAGACAUUCAUGCUAUGUGACUCUUAACUGCUCCAGG